AUGAAUGCUUCCCGCCUCCGAGCGAUGUUCCCUCUUUGGAAUGCAAUGCGAAAGAGUGAAGGAGCGAUGCGCUCCCUAGGAAGCCUAAGGAGCAAAGCGCUUCACAGAAAGCCGAGGAGCGAUGCGCUUCCCAAGAAGCCUAAGGAGCAAAGCGCUUCCCAGGAAGCGAAGGAGCAAUGCGCUUCCCAGGAAGCCGAGGAGCGAUGCGUUUCCCAGGAAGCCAAGGAACAAUGCGCUUCCCAGGAAGCCGAGCGGCGAUGCGCUUCCCAGCCGAGGAGCGACGCGCUUCCCAGGAAGCCGAGGAGCGAUGCGCUUCGCAGGAAGCCAAGGAGCGAUGCGCUUCCCAAGAAGCCGAGCGGCGACGCGCUUCCCAGGAAGCCAAGGAGCAAUGCGCUUCCCAGGAAGCCGAGCGGCGACGCGAUUCUCAGGAAGCCAAGGAGCGAUGCGCUUCCCAGGAAGCCAAGGGAGCAACGGGCUUCCCAGGAAGCCGAGGAGCGAUGCGCUUCCAAGCCGAAGGCGCGAGGCGCUUCCCCAGGAAGCCGAAGAGCGACGCGCUUCCCAGGAAGCCAAGGAGCGAUGCGCUUCCCAGGAAGUCGAGGGAGCUAUGCACUUCUCAUGAAGUAA